AUGUUCACUUUUAAUCCAUUUACGACAAUGGAAGGUCUUGAUCUUGCCAUUAACGAUGAAAUUGUUCACGCAAAAACAUCACGUAGACCAACAUUUACAUUAAGUUCAUCAUCAUCAUCAUCUUCUUCUUCAUUUUCAUCUACUACUAAUCUAAUGGAACAUCAUUACGAACGAAAAACAACAAUAACAACAACAACAACCACCACAACAACAACAUCAACAAUGAUGUGUUCUUCGUCAUUAGCUAAUAAAUUUAUUUCAGAACAUCGGCCACUAACACAUUCCCAAUCGUUGACACUUGAUAAUCAACGACGUCGUCCAAUUAUUCAUGAUCCUUAUCAAUUAUCACCAAAUCAUGAUAUUCUAAAUAAUUGGAUGAUUACAACAACGGGUAAAAGUCGACGGGAAUUAAGUGAAGUACAUGGAUUUUCCGAAGAACAGAUUGCUGUAUUUGAAGAAUCAUUUUCUCUGCUGGAUAAAGACGGAGAUGGUAAUAUAACAAAUUAUGAAAUUCGAUCACUAAUGAAUUCACUUGGUUAUUCACCAAGUGAAGAAGAUAUUUCAGCUGUGAUAUCAAAAGUUGAUACUAAUGGUAAUGGUAGUGUUGAUUUUGAUGAAUUUUUAACAAUGAUGCGUCGUCGUCGAUCAACUUGCGAUAGUGAUACAGAAUUACAACAAGUUUUUAAAGUUUUCGAUAAGAAUAAAGAUGGUUUUAUUGAUAAAGAUGAACUUUAUGAUAUGCUUUCAAGACUUGGUGAACAUAUAACUGAAGAAGAUGUUAAAGAAAUGAUUGAAGAAGCUGAUUGUUUUGAUAAUGAUGGCAAAGUAUCUUAUGAAGAAUUUAAAGCCAUAUUAUAUUCGAAAUAA